AAUUAUCACUAAACACCGCCUAUUGAAAUUGAAAGUACAUGAUCUGAGCUACCUUUUCAUGCCUUUUGUUUUGCCCCAGGUACAUUUUAAUGACAGGUACAGUACGUCCCAAAAACAAUGCAAUCUCAAAUUUCAGUAAAAAGGCAAUUUUAACUCUCCUUUAGCUCCAACACUGCAGUUUUUUAGGUGAUGCCACUUCCAGGUAAGGAAGUCAGAAUGCUGUUUUUUAAUUUGCAAAAGAAAAAAAUCCGGCCGCCCUCACGGUUUUCCGGUGAGGGGGUCGAGUCGCGCCCUUCUCACUGGUGCCCAUUUUUUGCCCAUUCCCUCAGAUAACUGACGAAAUACACAUGCUUUCCAAAUAAAAUUACAUUUUUAGAUGUUAGUGAACCCCCCUCUCCCUUGCCCCUCCCACACACUCCCUCAAACAACCUAGAGGCCUUUAUUACCCCUGUGGAGGCUUAGCGGUCUAGGCGGAAACGAACAACAGCAACGACAACAACAACAACAGUUACAGUUACAAUGCAUUGUGUACAUGCACGUGUACAUUGUGUGAUAGUCUAUUGAAAAUGGAACCUGAAAAAUCACAGUUGAAAUGUGGAUUUGCUGUCAUAUCCAAGGAUAUCGAGUGUGGUACUGACGCUUCAUACCCCAAUGACAAGAGUGUGAUCCCCUUGAAACAAUGUAAGAAGGACGUGCACUUCCAUUUGAUGCGUUGGAUGUCCUCCAGGAAAGCCAGUCAAGUCAAAAGUGAAUGGGAGCUCAUAGCACUUCGUGCUGGCGUGUUUGAUAUGAGUUCUCCAGUUCUGGACACCACAAUAUGCCCGAACCACCGAUACAAGUUGAGUUUAUCAUGGAAUCAGCAAAGGAGAUGCCAGCACCCACUUCAUCAACCCUCUAAAACAAGUCGGAAGCCCAGAAAAGAUGGUGGUUCAGUUCAUCGAGUGAUGUCUCGGGAAAUAUACAUCAAGUGGGGAGUUUUUGUCCCAGUUGGCUCAGCUCUGUGUAAAGGAUGUGAGGCUAAACAUCGAGUAUCUGUGGCAAAUGUAGAACCAGAAGUAGAACCAGCACCCAUGGAUACAGAGUCCGCUGUUGCCUCUUCCUCUGUUCAACCAGCCGACGCCUUAGAAAACCCAGCAGACGGGACAGAAGGGCAAAUUUGAUGGGUAAUGUUGUUGCAACAGUAUCAUAAG